AAAAAAAAAAAAAAUGCUACUCGUCACAAUGGGAUUAAGCCGUCGAUCUCUCCACGCUUCGCCUCCUUUUUUUUUCUUGUUACUUUUUUUUUGGGUUCGUUGUUAUUGUUGUUACUCUUGCUCUUUUUGGCGUUUUUGAACUGAAUAUAGUCUCCUUCCAUGGCAACUGUUGAUGAUCAUAAAAUACUCACGGCGCAAAAUUCGUGUCAACCCAAGAAUUGUCGAGCACGCUGCGAACCGACUUGCGGCCCUUCCGAACGUUGUGUGUUGGACAUCAUCAGAGUGUGCGGCGAAUGCCCACUAUCCCAAUGUGUCAAUAUUCAGUCCCUGGGAAUGUCCGUCUCGCAGCAACGUGCCUCUGCCUCUGAAAGUAAACCGAAAACGGCCCUGAUGGCCGGCUUGAUCACCGGUCUGGUUGGCAUGGCAUUGGUUUCUGCGACGAUCGUUGGCUUUGUAUUUAUAAAGCGACGGAAACGAGCGAAACAUCACAAAAUUAAACAUGCCGACGCUUCGCCACGUUUUGACCCUGCGUCCUUGAUGCCACCGGUGUCGGCCGUCUUCUCACCCAAAACUUCCCCUGCACCCGUCACUCCCACCAGCCACGAUCCAUGGUUAAAGGAGUCCAAUCCCACCGUUACUUCAAUCGGCGACCCAUUCGCACCCACGCCCCUGUUUCUGUGCGCCUCUUCACUUCACAUUCCUCGCUUUGAUGCUUCCUCACCCACCCAACCGGCCAACGCCGUCAUUCGUCGUUCACUGAAUAUUCUUCCAUCGCCGCCUGCAAGACCCACAUCCCAGGACGCUUUCCUGAAUCGAUCGUCAUCGGUCAAAGUGACAAAAUACGAUAACCUGCACACCUACGCACCGCCUUCCGGUACGUCUCGUGAGCCACUAAUUCUCGAGGAUUCCGAUGACGAAGACAAAGUGCAAAUACGACGAGCCGUUUCGGUACGCAAAAAUCAGCAGGCAGAUACGGCAACGGAGGCGGGGGGUGUUCAACGUACGGCUUCCGUACGAACAACCGGUUCCAAAACCGCGCUCAAUGCCGAUAGCUCGGUAGUCAGUCUAGAAUCGGCAGAUGCCCAGCCCAUCCACGUUGUACGUGCCAAGCCAACCAUGGUCCGUAUUAAUACCAUUACGAAAAAAGAAGGAGGUAUCACCCGAAAACGAUCCGUCCGCACCGUUAUUGACAACAACAACAAGGACAACAAGGAUAACCACGACGACAAAGAUCAACCAGAAAUAGAACUCGAACCGACUUCUUCGGGCCCGCCGCCACUGAAUGAAGCUGCGACUUCAACGAAUGCAUCUCGUGAAUAUCUCAGUCCAGCGUCAAACGAACGUGAUUCAAGACAGUACAAGACCGCCAGUUGGACAUCGUUUCACAGCGGUGCAGGCGGUACCCAUUCCACUGUAGGGGAUGGGGAAAUCACCGUGUUUUGGGAAACAGCCAAACAAUCUCCAUCCGAUCGCUAUCAUUAACAUAUCAUUGAUUCAACACCAAGCUGUCUUGUAAUACCAUCUUUUUUUUUUCUUUUUUGGUUUUCCACGUCCCCUCGUCUUUUUUUACCCCAACCUACAUUGCAACCCGUCAAAUUGCAACCUAUCCCAGCAUCUCGUUCCUGAAUUAUUUUUUUACAAAUUGCUAUUUGUGUCAAUUUUGUUCCAUUUUCCUUUUUUGCAUUCUCAGAUGAAUGAUCGAACCAUUUUAUCUGUGUUGACCACUUACAUGUAUAAUCUAAACUAUUCCAAAUAAUAUUUAUAUUCAAUUCCGUAACACGC